AAUUUUUGUACUAAUUGUGAAAAUUUAGUUUUCAGAAACUGAAGAAUUACUUAACCUAUUAGAGUUAAAAAAAAAAAAAAAAAGGAAAUGAAAAAAGGAGAAGUAUGCUCAUCGGAAACAGUUAACGGUAGUGAAGAUGUGUUUAGUUGUGAAAAAUCCGAUGCUUUAUCUACUGAUCAUCUUGUUAUAAUGGUUCACGGUAUUCUCGGAAGCGCGACAGACUGGAAGUUUGGUGCUGAGCAGUUUGUUCGGAGGCUUCCUGACAAAGUCUUUGUUCAUUGUAGUGAACGAAAUAUCGCAAAAACAUUGGAUGGUGUGGAUGUAAUGGGUGAGAGAUUGGCUGAGGAGGUAAUUGAAGUGAUCAAGAGAAAGCCAGGUCUGAAGAAAAUUUCUUUUGUGUCACACUCUGUUGGAGGGUUGGUGGCAAGAUAUGCCAUUGGGAGAUUAUAUAGACCUUCUAGAGUGGAGAAUAUUGAGGGUUUAUCAGCCAAUGCAUGUGUAGAAGGGUUGAAGGGUUGCACAAUAGCUGGUUUGGAACCAUUAAAUUUUGUCACUGUUGCCACACCUCAUCUUGGUUCUAGGGGUAACAAGCAGGUGCCAUUUCUUUUUGGUGUAGCUGCCUUAGAGAAAGCUGCUUUUCAUGUAAUUCAUUUGAUAUUCAAAAGAACAGGGCGACACCUUUUUCUUUGUGAUAAUGAUGAAGGGAAGCCUCCAUUACUUAAACGCAUGGUGGAAGAUGAUGGUGAACUACGCUUCAUGUCUGCAUUGCGUUCAUUCAAGCGCCGGGUUGCAUAUUCAAAUGUUGGCUAUGACCAUAUUGUUGGUUGGAGAACAUCAUCUAUUAGACGUAAUAAUGAACUCCCCAAGUGGGAAGAUUCCUUGAAUGAAAAGUAUCCUCACAUUGUCUACGAAGAACAUUGCAAGGCAUGUGAUGGUGAGAAGGGUGAGUCUGUUGUGAAGGAAGAUGAUUCUUUGGACAAGGUGGAAGAAGAAUUGGUGACUGGUUUAACUAGAGUGUCAUGGGAUAAAGUGGAUGUUAGCUUUCACAGGAGCAGGCGUAGAUUUGCUGCUCACAGUGUUAUUCAGGUGAAGGAUCCGUAUAUGGAUGCCGAAGGUGCUGAUGUUAUACAACAUAUGAUUGAUAAUUUUAUUGUAUAGGAGCCAAAUCAAACCCGUAAUUUUCAAGGCAAGGGCAGAUCUAGAGCCCGUUUGGAUUGGCUUAUAAGUGGUCAAACCAGCUUAUAAGCUGUUUUUUGGUUUUUUAGGUGUUUGGCAAACCAGCUUAUAAGCUAAAAAUGUGCUUAGAAUGAGCCAAAAAAAUAAGUUCGAGGUAGCCCAACUUAUUUCUUUUGGCUUAUAAGUUGUUUUUUGGUCAAACCAGCUUAUAAGCCACUUUUUUUAAGCUAAGCCAAACGGGCUCCUAGAGAGUUUAUUACGGGUUCAUGUGAAUUCAGUUUCUUUUGCCAAAAAUUUGUAUAUAAUAUUAAAACUUCUACUAAAUAUCCAUAAAAAUUUGAAAUGUGAA